GAGACGCUACAAGGUCAUUUUCGUCCAUGUUAGUCGGCCAUGUUGGAUUGCAGUUCUGUUGAUUACAGCUUGAUUCCACACCAUAUUUUCAGUACAAGUAUGGAAUUAUCAGCAUGGAUAUCGGUAGCUCAAAUUUUACAGGCCGACCAUAGAUAUCGGGUGUGCGCCGGCAGAGGAUUAAACCCCGGACCAUGUGCAUGGUCGGCAAGAGUCCUUACCACUGUGCCACCGACGCACAAAGAAAGGGAGGACCGUGAGGCCUCCCCACUGACAAAAACUACACGCCCGAUUAGGGUCUGUCGCGAGUUUCAACCCACCGAGGUGCAAUGGUGAGCCUCCACCCGGGGUCAGAGCAUUCUUGAUCACACUGAACCCGGCGUCAAGUUGACAUGAUAAGAAGGUAAGCACAGUAUCAGUGUGUCUAUUAUCAGUUAACAAACACCCGGUAUAUUGUGAGAGAAUCUAAAUUAAAUAAGGAUGAGCCACAUAUGAAGUAUGACUAUGCGGUGUAUGUAUGUACUUUUGGACACAAAAGGAAAUCCUUAGGUAAUCACAUCCGCCUUAGAGGGUAAGUAUCCUGUGAUUUUUAAUGUCUGACGGAGUAGAUCUAAAUACAGUGUUUGCCCAUCAAUGAUACGCAUCCGAUAUCAUCGCAAUGAAUUCAUUAUACCAUCUGUAUAUAUGAUUCAUAAUCACUAUUGCACUCGUGAUUAUUUAAUGAAGGAUGCUAGAGCACGCUAAUUAGGUGAGUCUGAACUCUCUAUAGAUGAGCCGAUGCUGUCUGUUUCAUCCGAACCUGGAAAGGUUAUUGAUUACGUUGCAGAACGAUUCAAAAAAAGGAUAACGUACAAUGAUCUACGAAAUAUAAGAGCUACUGUAGUUGAAGAUUGUGAUUUACGGUCAAUGGUUUUUUCCAGAUUACACCAAGCUGGGAAAUUGGUUAUAAUUCGGGAUGAAAACGAUGAAAGAAUAAGAAUAGCAUGUUUUAGUUCAAAUAGGCAAAUCGAAAUUUACCACAAAUUCCCUGAGGUCGUGGGUUUCGAUUCCACCUACAACACUAAUAGAGGAAACUAUAAACUGUUUCAAUUUGUUGUUACAGACUCUCAUGGAAAAGGUCUGCCGGUUAUGUUUGCAUGGAGUAGGCAAGAAAGGCUGGAUGAUUUAACGACGAUUCUGGAUAAAUUUAAAUGUGUAAUGGGUACGACUUCCAAUACAGAAACGUUUGUCAUGGAUUGCGCAAAAGCAUUGAGAGGUGUAGUUGAGACAACGCACCCACUUUGCAAUAUAAUAUUGUGUGCAUUCCAUGUUUCUCGUGCUAUGCGUAAAAAGGUAAGUUUUGUGAAUUUCAAAGAUUUUGUAGACAAAAAGUAGGCUUGUUAGGUAGUACCUGUCGAGUAUGAUUCGCGAGGAAUCAAUUCAUGGAUUCUACACAUACCUCGGUAUCAUACGGCAUCUGGAUCCCCGUUUUGCGAGGUAUGUACACAGACACUGGCUGCCUUUGAAGAAACUAUGGGCGGCAGCAUUCAACCGUAGUGUUUUGUCACUUGGCAAUAACACUAACAAUCGCGUUGAAAGUUUACACAGAUGGAUGAAACGAAAUUUGUCAAGAGGUAUUACGCUACAUAAAUGUAUGUGGGAGGUGUACCGAUGGAGUGACAGGAGGUUGCGGAGAAUUGAUGGCGAACGAGAUGUGAACAUAAGAGUUCUGGACAACAGGAUACCUAGUUUGCAACCCUUACUGUCGAAAUUAACAGAGUAUGCCGGAAAAAAGGUUGUUGCAGAUUUCAGAAGAGUAAGAAGGGCCCGCAUUGAAAACCGUAUUUCUCACAACGUAUUUUUCGUCGACGGAUUCACACACCCAAUAGUUGAUAUGGCAAGAGGUACAUGUACUUGCAGGGUGUUCACCACCUGCAAGUAUCCUUGUCGUCAUAUGGUAAUCGCUCAUCUGACUUAUCCCCAUUUUGAAGGUAAGUGAGACGCACAUUGAUCUUACAAUACAGUUGAUCGCGUUCUGAAGAAUUGUCGACGAUGGAUGCUUGCUAACAAAUCCACUACCCGUAUUAACUGCUGCACCGGUAACACGAAACAGUGACAUUGAAAACUAUCAAAAGUUGAAGCGGAGGUUUUGUAGAUUUCUUGACGAACGCGUAAAUGCAGGUUAUGUAGAAAAAGCAACUGCCUAUUUAUUGUCUUCGUAUAACCGGUUAAAGGAAGGAAAGGAGGAUGUAUGAGACAUCAGUGAGAACGUGGAAUGGCCCUCUUUAGGGCCACCAAAUACCGAUUUCAUUGACUUCAUCAGUUUCACUUUAAAUUAUGAAAUCGGAUAAGUAGGGUAGGAAGAAAUUAAUCCGCAAUCUCAGUAAUGAUUGUGAAGAUGGUUUCCGAGUAAUUGUGAAUAGUGAAUCUGUUGUGGAGAUAGGAUAUACAUUUUUUACCGAAAAAAUCAUCUGAAUGUCCUAUUUAACCUUAUAAUUCUAAGACAGUCUUCAGUUGGUUACUAAGG